CCGCUGGUUCGUUCGUUGGUCUGUCGUAGGAAGGACACCACUUACGCGUACACUCUCAGAACACCACACACACACACACACACAGCGAGAGCCAGCAUCCCUCUCCGCUCUCUCUAAAACACUCACUCUCACAUGAGAAGGGAAAAAUCUCUCGUGUGAAUGCGCACGUCAUACGCCCACGCAUCACACGCAUCACACGCAUCCAUCCAUUCGGUAUCUACCCUGUGCUGUCUGUCUAGGAGGAUUCGCUGCCUGAAGCAACGGGAGCCGGCUCUUGGCUGGUUGAUGCGGCUGUGGCAGGUUCGCCCAGCUUGGACUCCUUCUCCUGAAGCUCCUUGGCUGCACACACACACACACACACACACACAGGCAGACAGAAAGAGAGGACGGAGAGACGCAUUGAUGGAUGGAUGGAUGGACGCGUGGGCGUGCAUUUGCUCACCGCGCGCUUCGAGUUUUUCGGCGAGGUCUUUCUUGCGGCGGAUCUCCAUCUCUUUGAAGACCUUCUGGACCUGAGGUCGAUCAUCAGACAGACAGACAGACAGAUGGCACCAUGGCACACAUCGUGUUUAUGGUAUGGAGGAGUGGGUGGUUACCUCUCUGAGCCGUUGCAGGUUGGCCGACCACACCGUGUAAUCGGUAAAGCACUUCCUGUGAUGUGUCACAUCACACACGCACACACUGACUGUGAGCACACAGUCUAAGUGUGUCUGUCUGUCUGUCUGUCCGUGACGAGCGACUUACUUUGGUCCGCCGAAUUUGUAGUUGCAGUCGAGAGCGCUCAUCCACUCGGUAACGGACUCUGAUUGUUCGACGCCAUGAGGCACACAGACAUGCCAUCCAUCUCUCUCUCUCUCUCUCCCUCCCUCCCUCUGUGUGUGGCUUUGUGUGUGGCUUUGUGCGCACCCUGUGUCACUUCGGUGUUGGCCAUCUCCAUCAUUGUGUACAGGCCCCUAAAUGACGCACACACAGACUCAGGUGGGUGGAUGCACGGGGCUUGGCUUGAGUGCGGUAGGUAGAGUCACUUAAGUCACUUACACGCCCCAGACGCGGUUGUACAGCCACAAGGGAUUCGCCUUGAUCGACUCAAUCGUCCCCUGACAACACACACCACACACAACAGACACACACACCGUGUUGUAUACUCGUUGUGGGCGGGGUGGAUGGAAUCACGUCAACUCACUCACCUCAAUGCCCUUGUCGCCAGGCUUGGCCGCAUUGAAGGCCGAGAGUAUCUCUGAAGAGCCCCCCUUGCCUAUCCCACACAAAGAGAGAGGGAGAGACCUUCUGCGUGUAUGCGUGCGUGUGCGCCUGUGUAUCGGCACGUGACGUACGUACCUGUGACCCAUUCUUUGAGCUUCUGGGCGUCUCCGCGCAUCUUACUGGGGUCCUGUCCAGCACAUGUAGGGACACACAGACGAGACGCCCAUACACCACCAUGAGUCCAUGCGGACCUCUGUACACCCGUCCUCCCACCCACUCACUUCAUCAACCGCCUUUGCAAGGCAGUCGAAGAGCCGCUGCUUCUCUGACUCUCCUGGUGGGUAGCCAUCCUUCACACACGGACACACAGACACACCGACACAAGCACAUGUGUGUAUUGGGCAUCUGAGGUGUUGGUUGUGCGAGCGGCCGGGCUUACUGUCAGCCUGUCGAAUACUGUCGCGAAGCCCAGUGCAAAGAUGGGAUCUACACACAGCACGCACACACACAUAGACGGGCAGACACACAGACGAACACGCACACGAGAGCGCGCCGAAAGGCAGACACAGACAUGCGCAGCUAUGGAAUGAGUGAGUCACUGACCGUAUGUGAAACGGACGUCGACUUUGGCGAAGUGCGCUGCAGUGAGGAGCUCGUCGACCACACGGCGGUAGGGCUCCAUGAUGGGAAUGGCGCCCCACAAAGAGUAAAAGGCUGCACACAUAUAUGGAGAGAAAGAAUCGACAUUUGUAAGUUCUUCAGCGCAGUGAAUCUCUUUCCCUCUCUGUUUGUUCGUCUAUCUGUCUGUCUGUCUGUCUGUCUGUCUGACGAGGCUGCGCGCACCUCUCGUCGAGUCAGAGAGGGUCUUGGCCUGAACGUCGACGAACACGCACACACACAUGACAUGUGCUCUCCCUCCCUGUGUAUGUUGUCAUGUCGAUGUGCGCAGGGAUUGUUUACCUUGGUGGCCGCCCCUGCCUGGUUCUUGAGCACCUGUGUUGAGCAGUCAGGUACACACACACGAUUGUGUCAUAACAUAAGACAGAUCUGACGGGCAGUGGGUGCAUCCAUGACCUGCAGAUCGAUGUCCUUUUCUGCGAGCAUUGUCACUGCCUGCGCACGCACCAACACACACGCACAAUAGGAGCCUCUAUUCUCCUUUGUCUGCACGCACCUGCUGCCUCCUAAGACUGCUCCCCCUGUGUGUGUGAGGGCUGACGGUCCUCAUCCCACUGUGAUAAGGCGAUGUGCCCGUGAUGAGCGCAUGGGCAAGCCGCGUCCACGCGCACACAGCCAUCAGUACUAGAAGGGCUUGCUUCAUUUCGCAGACAGAGGAAGAUCUGCCUCAGAUCGACCUGCCUGAGUGCGCCCUUUGCACAGCAGGGAACACGCAAAGGAGAUGCAGGCAAGAUCUGUC